UGUGAAAUAAAGCACAAAAAUGCGUAUUGAAACAUGUUACUUUUGUUCAUCCAGAAUAUACCCUGGCCAUGGGAUACAAUUUGUUAGAAAUGAUUGCAAGAUCUUUAAAUUUUGUCGUUCAAAAUGUCACGCAGCUUUCAAAAAGAAAAAGAAUCCACGUAAAGUCAAAUGGACCAAAGCGUAUAGGAAAACAGUCGGCAAAGAAUUAGCCAUAGACCCAGCAUUUGAGUUCGAAAAGAGGAGACACAUCCCAGUUAAAUAUGACAGAGAAACUUGGACUAAAGCCAUUCAAGCAAUGAAGACGGUAGAAAAAAUCAAACAGAAGAGACAGGGAGCCUAUAUUAUGCAGAGGUUAAGGAAGGGUAGAGAAAUUGAACAGGAAAGAGAUGUCAAAGAAGUGCAAAGAGAUCUUUCCCUAAUCCGAUCUCCUGCUGCUGGUCUUAAACAAAGGAAACAAGAAGAAACUAUUGCUGAAGACAUGCGAUCUAGUGAUGAAGAUAUGGAGGGUAUUGUGGAAGACGGGGGUGAAGUUACAUUAUAAGAUUUAUUGUAGGUUAAGAAGUUAUUAAUCUGUUAUUUAUUUAGAGUGGUUAUUCGGUAUCCAUUUGACUUCAAUUAUAUUCUAUAAAUUUAUAUUUUGUUUCAAUCUCUUUAAUAUACAGCAGAUUUUAGUUGUAUCAUUCACAGCAUAAACUGGAUAAUAUAUCCUAGUAUUUCAGCUCUAGUAUAGUAUGAUAAAUUCAGUUGAAAGUCGAUAAGACCACACUACUGACAUGUUUUUUAAACUUUACUCCCAUUUAGGUAUAUAUGUAAUUUUGAUUUAGAAGUAUGUGGAAAAUGUAUAUAUUUAGUUUAUCCUCUAAACAUUUACAGAGGUGCUACAAGAGGUUGUACAAAAUAACUGGAAAAAGCCUGUAAUAACAAGAUAGGAAAGUCAUGUGUUGGAUACAUCAGAUUUUUGUUUUAAUAAAGUAGUCUUUAAAUGAGAGGGUUCCCACAUUUUUUUUAAAUGUCUCUAGACUGCUGCCUUAUCAUUGCACACAUUUAAAUCUCUCAAUAUUUUCGAAACACAACAUCACGAUGUAUUCCAGUGGUGCGCUUAUAAAUAUAAUUUUAUAUUAGAAAAUCUUCACAUUUUUGCUUUUCAUGAGAGGAGUGGUUUUGCUCUUAAAAUAAUAGAAUUCAGAAACCACAUUUAAACAGGACAAUAAAUAAUACAGGCUGUGAAGUGCUGCCAUUUAUUAACAAAAAAUAGAAGUACAUAAAAAAAAAUAUGAAAUCUAUCAAAUUUCCUUCCCUAUUUGUUCUUUUCUCCGUCCGAAUUAUUUAGGUCAUUUGGCAGUUAGAUUGCAUUUGAUUAAACCAGUGGCGUAGCCACGGGGGGUCAGAACCCCUCCUCAUUGAGGGCCUUCGCUUCGCCGUUUCCGCUAUCUUAUUGGCGCUGAUCGCUAUUACCUGUUUGUUAACACCCCCAUAGUUCUCAGAAACCCCUCCCAUGAAAAAUUUCUGGCUACGCCACAGGAUUAAGCAAAGAAAAUAGCAAUUUUUUAAAUAAAAUUUUUGUUUUACAAAAAUCCUAAAAUAUAUGUUAUUACGAUACAACAGAAAAACACAGUGCAUAUAAAAUAAACAUACUACUAGAAAAAUUGUCAUGAAUAAAAUUUCUGCAUAUUUGAACUAUCUAGCAGCAAAGAUA